AUGACUGCCCCAAAUCAACAACAUAUGGCAACUGUCAAUCCCCCUCCUCCAAAAUACAUCAAUACCCAAGGAACUGGUUGUUGGACCAAUCAGCUUCAAUACUUGCAGAGGGUAGUUAUGAAAGCCAUGUGGAGACAUAACUUUUCCUGGCCAUUUCAUCAGCCAGUGGAUGCUGCGGGUCUGAAACUUCCAGAUUAUUAUAAAAUUAUUACGAAACCAAUGGACUUGAAUACAAUUCAGAAGCGUCUGGAACACAGCUAUUACACAUGUGCUGCUGAGUGUAUCGAAAACUUUAAAACUAUGUUUUCAAAUUGUUAUCUGUAUAACAAGCCUGGUGAUGACAUUGUUUUCAUGGCACAGGCGCUAGAAAAAGUCUUUUUGCAAAAAAUUGCACAGAUGCCCCCAGAAGAGAAAGUCGUUGUGGUCAAUAAAGGAAAAAGAAAAGGGAAAAAAACAGAUGGUACUGACCUCCCCGACAAUGGAAUCUCACAAGCUAAACCGAAAAAGCCUAAGAAAGUAAAGCAAAAAAUCCUUGAAUCUUCACCUGCAACUCCAUCCUCAAAUGUACUGCCAGCUACGGAAACAGUAACAACAGGUGUGAAAAGAAAGGCUGAUACUACUACUGCAAUAAUCACCGCAAGCAGUGAAUCCUCUCCAGCCUCCAGUGAGCCCAAAAUUACAAAGAUCUCCUCUAGAGAAGAGUGCAAAGGGUCUCCAGCAAACCAAGACUUGCCAGACUCCCAGCAACCUCCUGAGCCUAUCAAAAACAUAAAGCUAACAGCACAGCUGAAAUACUGUAAUGAGAUCCUUCUAGAAAUGUUCUCAAAAAAGCAUGCAGCGUACGCUUGGCCUUUUUAUAAACCGGUAGAGGUUACUGUCUUGGGCCUUGAAGACUAUCAAGAGGUUAUUAAACAUCCAAUGGAUCUUGGAAGAAUUAAAAAAAAAAUGGAAAACUAUGAAUAUAAAGACAUACAAGAAUUUGCUGCUGAUAUUAGGCUAAUGUUUAUGAACUGCUACAGAUACAACUCUCCAGACUGUGAAGUGGUAGCAAUGGCAAGAAAACUUCAGGACGUCUUUGAGAUGCAGUUUGCCAAAAUUCCAGAUGACCCCGCUACACCCAGGCCUCUCUUGCACUUCACGGUAAGAACAAUGGCAUCCGUUUCUAGUGAAAGCAGCAGCGAUGACUCUUCUGAGGACUCAGAAGAGGAAAGAGCAAGGCGGUUUGCAGAGCUUCAGGAGCAGCUUAAGGCUGUUCACCAGCAAUUGCAAGCUUUGGCUAAAACAACCUUACCCAAGUUGAAAAGCAGGAAGAAAGGAAAAUCGAAAGAGAAAAGGAAAAGCAAGGUAAAAAACAAGUUGGGAAACCAAAAGAAGAGAAAGAUGAAGAAACGAAAGAAGAAAAUGUCUUUGAAAAUCCGAUCAAAGAAAGUCAAGCAGCAAGAUGAGCCAGUAUACAGUUCUGAAGAUGAGGAUAAUGCCAAACCUAUGAAUUAUGAUGAAAAGAGGCAGUUAAGUUUGGACAUAAAUAAACUCCCAGGAGAGAAGCUUGGCAGAGUUGUCUACAUUAUACAGUCAAGGGAACCUUCACUCCAGCACUCAAAUCCUGAUGAAAUAGAAAUAGACUUUGAAACCCUGAAAGCAUCUACUUUAAGGGAACUGGAGAAAUAUGUAAUGGCUUGUUUAAGAAAGAGGCCCAAGAAACAUUCUGCAAAGAAGUCGAAAGAACAACUUAAUUUUGAGAAGAAAGAAGAACUGGAAAGGAGGCUCUUAGAUGUCAAUGGGCAGCUGAACCAUAAGAAACAAAAUCAUUCUAUUUGUUUUUUUCUCCUAGCUGAAAAUAAUGCCAUACUAAAGACUGUUGGAGUACCAUCUCAGCUAAGUGAAAGCAGCAGCAGCAGCACUAGUACCACCUCUUCUGACUCUGAUACUAGCAGCAAUGAAUCCAGCUCAUCUGAUGAUAGCACGGCUUCCGAGUCUGAAGUGUGCUUAAAGCAGAAUGGAAAUGGGCAGAAGGAUUUAUUUCACAAAGAGCAGAUUAAGGUAUCUUGUUCCUCCCCAACUCUCCUUUCAAGUGAUAGCAAAGAACUAAAGACUAGGUGUCCAGAUGGUCCGUGUGGGCAACAUAUGAUUGAUUCUACACAUGCCACUGUUCCAGCAAGCUGCUCCAAUAACUGUGAGGGUCAAGCAAAGCGAGUUGCUAAUCCUUCAGUAUCUCUUACAAAGAAGAUAAAAGUCAAGCAUGCUGAUUCCUGGACAAGUUUAGGGAAAAUGAUACCUGUACCAGUCUCCAUCAAAUCCUCUAAUGACAGCUUCACACAGUUCAAAAAAGCAGCCCUAGAAAAAGAAGGGAGUGAGUGGGCAAAGGAACGCAAAAGGCAGUUGUUGGAACAAGCCAAGAGGAAACUGAAGAACCUCCCUCAGGAAAAAGAGAGAAACAACGGAGAAACAAAAUUGGAACCCACUGCAGUAAGAGCAGACCAUUCAUCCCAAGGAGGAGAGGCGUCAUCAGAAGGGCAGCUACAGUCCCCACAGAGUAUUGUCAUUGACCGUAUCUUGGCAAGACAAAUGGAACAAGAACGCAGGAGGAGAGAAGCGAUGGCAGGCACCAUUGAUAUGAAUUUGCAGAGUGAUAUUAUGGCAACAUUUGAAGAAACCUUGUAG